AUGUUUACAUUUAAGUCAUUACGCAUUGACUUCGGUCAGGAAGCGGCACUCCUCGCAAAGCGGUACGUGAGCGUAGCAAGAGGCAUCACGACCUACCAGACUCAUCUCGACUUCACGAAGACCUGCCGGGAGAUGAACGUAGUGCCACGAAGCCUUCAGCUUAAACGCUUGGUGCACACGGCGGAGGGCCACAAGAUCAUCGCAAAAGCCGAACAGCGCCUGCUAAACGCCCGAAUCCAUGAAUGCCACAGCGUGAUCAAGAAGAAGGAAUUAGACCUGUUUUUCCUCCGACGGCAGCUUCAACAUCGACUGCCCGACGUCUUUCCGUCUUUGGAGGAAUUCGCUCGAAAUGUGGCUGCAACAACAGCUCGGAAGCAGCAAGCGGCCCACAAAAGCAAGUUCACGACACUUCAAGGAGAAAAACCCCACCGCGGACAUGACAACGAUAAUUUCGUCGUCAACCUGUCCUCCAGACAACUCUCCCCUACCGAGCAUAGCGUGCUGGCCAAGGGACACAACUUCAACGUGAGCACGGCGCAUCCGUCACUACCAAGGAUCAUUGCGGCUACGGAGGAAGGCAUAAGACGACUCGACAACGGCAUUCGAGAAAAUGUCCGUCUCAAGGCCAUCGGUGUACUAUCGAAAAUAGGAAAGCGCCGUGAGCACAACAUGUCGAGGGAGGAGAAUAAUGCGAUCCGUUCACUCCGGAAUGAUGAGAACAUUGUCAUCCUCCCAGCCGACAAGGGCAACGCAAUGGUCGUGCUCGAUAGGGAGGCGUACAGCGACAAAGUGCGUGAUCUCCUUCACAGCUCGGCCUAUGAAACGCUGGCGAAAGACCCCACACCAAGAGUCCAAAGGGAACUGAACAAGCUCCUGGCGGAUAUCUUUAAGAGGCACCCGGAGGCAAGAACCACCUACCUCCAGCUUAUCUGCCGGAACGGCUCUGCACCAGGAUUUUACGGGCUUCCCAAGAUCCACAAGCCCACUGUCCCGCUCCCCUCCAUAAUCAGCCCGUCUUUGACCAAGCGACGAUGGCAUGUGAUGACGGCAUCAUGCAACGUCACGCUGUAG